AUGGCCUCUUCAGGUAAUAAAGCAUUGAUCAAGUACAGAAACUCUUUGAGUGCUCUAAGUAAUCUAAUAUAUUUCGGUUCAACAACUCUGAGUGGUCUACAAACUCUGGGCGAGGAAUACACAGGAAUCCUUCAGUUCGAUUCCGAUAAUUCAAACAUACCGGCAUUGAAGAUGAGAAUUCUAAUGGUUCUCCUAAGCAGCUUUGGACAGAAGCUAGUCUUAUCAGCUCUACAAAAAUUUGAAAACAGCGAUUGUUUGAAAAACGAUGGCGAACUCAGACCGGAAGCUCAGCUGCACAUUUUAAGAGUCAUAACCUGGCUGAAACUAUUCAUUCCAAUUUUGGAGAGACUGCAUAAAGCUGUAUUCUACUGGUCUGGCUUCUAUGGCCAGUUUUCAAAACGACUUACUGGAAUACAAUAUGUUCUUGUUCGACAAUGGCUGAAGGAUCGGAAAUCGUUGUACGGCUUCAAGAUUCUGAGCGUUGUUACGCUGGUGUACGCGGCGCUGUCGGGCGCCACCGAGUCGAUCAACUUUGCACAACUGUCGGCGGACGAGUUGCGCGCGCGCACCCAGCCGACGCAUUCGAAAGUGGUUCGGCCGCUGCGCGACUCGUGUCCGCUGUGCUUGGAGGAGCGGCACAGCUCCAGUGUGACGCCGUGCGGCCACCUGUUCUGCUGGCACUGCCUCAUCGAGUGGCUACACACUGAACAGCGGUGCCCCGUGUGUCGGGAGCCUGUGCAGCCAUGUCGCGUUGUGCCCCUACACAAUUAUCUGUGAUCAGUAAGAACAUAUUAUUCACUCUUAAAACCACGAUUGUAUC